ACUCGCGCUUCUCCCCCUCGCCGCUCUCCAUGAAGCAGUUUCUGGACUUCGGAUCUGAAAAUGCUUGUGAAAAGACUUCAUUUAUGUUCCUGCGACAAGAGUUGCCUGUGAGACUGGCAAACAUAAUGAAGGAGAUCAGCCUGCUUCCAGACAACCUCCUGAGAACACCCUCAGUUCAGCUGGUGCAGAGCUGGUAUGUGCAAAGUCUUCAGGAGAUCCUUGACUUUAAGGACAAAAGCUCAGAAGAUUCGGGGGCUAUUCAUAGUUUCACAGAUACCGUGAUAAAGAUCAGGAAUCGCCACAACAAUGUAAUUCCUACGAUGGCUCAAGGAGUAAUAGAGUACAAGGAGAGUUUUGGCAUUGAUCCAGUGACCUCGCAGAACGUGCAGUAUUUCUUAGACCGUUUCUACAUGAGUCGCAUUUCAAUCAGAAUGCUCCUUAACCAGCACUCUUUACUGUUUGGUGGGAAGAUUAAUCCAGCUCAUCCAAAACACAUUGGAAGCAUCGAUCCUAACUGCAAUGUUGUUGAAGUUAUUAGAGAUGGCUAUGAAAGUGCCAAGAGACUUUGUGAUUUAUAUUACAUGAGUUCUCCAGAACUCAUCCUGCAAGAGUUGAAUGCUAAAUCACCAGGACAGCCCAUGCAAGUGGUGUAUGUGCCAUCACAUCUCUAUCACAUGGUUUUUGAACUUUUCAAGAAUGCAAUGAGAGCCACCAUGGAACAUAAUGCUGAUCACUGCAUUUAUCCUGCAAUUCAUGUACACGUCACGUUGGGAAAUGAGGAUUUAACUGUGAAGAUGAGCGAUCGUGGUGGUGGUGUUCCUAUGAGGAAGAUAGACAGACUGUUCAACUACAUGUAUUCAACAGCACCACGUCCUCGUGUUGAGACCUCACGAGCUACACCUUUGGCUGGAUUUGGUUAUGGCUUACCCAUUUCACGUCUGUAUGCACAGUACUUCCAAGGAGACCUGAAACUCUAUUCCUUAGAAGGCUAUGGUACAGAUGCAGUUAUUUACAUAAAGGCCUUAUCAACAGAAUCAAUUGAAAGACUCCCUGUGUAUAACAAGGCAGCCUGGAAGCAUUAUAAAGGAAACCACGAAGCAGAUGAUUGGUGUGUCCCAAGCAGUGAGCCAAAGGACAUGACCACUUUUCGCAGCAUAUAG